CGUGUUAAUUUCAAGUGUCAUGUAACAUAUCAAUGUAAAAACUCUAUUAACAUUAUCGUAAAUAUACCAAGAGAAGAUUAAAACAACUGAUAAAUGGUGACACUCGUCAUUCUGUCAUAAUUAGUUACAAAUAGUAGUCGUUCGGAUAUACUAAAAGUUAUGGUGAACUGACAAACAUGUUUGCACUAACUGUAAUGAUGAUGCUUGUGGAAAUAUUGGGCGAACAUAAUUUAAUGUGUAUUGUUUAAACAAAAAUACACGUAGAAGAACAUUCGCCUGGAUUCUAAAGUUCAUUAAUCGUUUCGUAAUAUAAAGUAAAGGCCAAGCCAGAAAUUGUCUCAAUUUCAGAAUAACUGUCAAACAUGACAUUUUUAAUAUGAUAGCAACACUACAAACGAGGAAAAUUGGGUUUAAUAACGGAGAAAUUGAAAACACGAAUACCACGAAUUUAUAUACAUUCAGAAGUACCAUGUUUUUUACAAACUUGUAAAAAAUUUCAUAAAAUAUUUUACACACGAUAUUAUAACCUUUGACACAGCAUGGCAAAUACAGCUGACUUUAUUGCUUGUGGAGACUUUGUGUUUUACGACAAUUUUGAUUCAGCCAAUUUAGCCAAGGUUGAAUUAGUCAAAGUACCAGAAACAUCUGAAAAGGAUGGAAAUGAAACAGAAAGUAAAUCGUGUAAAAGCUCAUCCUCUGAUGAUGCAACAGAUUAUGAAUUUAACUUAUGGACAAAACACGAUUGUCAUGGGACACAAUUUCAAAACAACAACAGGACAUGGUUUUAUUUCGGUGUUAAAGCUUGUGCUCCAGGAGUUUAUGUCAAAUUUAAUAUAGUCAACCUAAAUAAACAAGUUAAAAUGUUUAGCCAAGGAAUGUGUCCAGUUUUUAAAGUUGUUCCUGGUCAUAUGCAUUGGGAACGGAUUCGUGAAAGACCUACUUAUUCUCUGGAUCAGAAAGGCAAUGAUUUUACAUUGUCAUUUCUUUACUCUACACCUGAAAAUUCUAAAGCUAUUACAUAUUUUGCUUUUACUUACCCUUUCUCUUAUACCGAUCUACAAAACUAUUUAAGAAGAAUUGACAUAAAAAUAGCAAAGCGGACUAUAACAUGUGCAGAUGAUGUUUAUUAUCAUAGGGAGUGUGCAAUAAAAUCUUUAGAAGGAAGAAGAAUGGAUAUUAUAACAAUAAGUUCAUUUCACAACAUAUCAACGGAGAGAGAAGACAGACUGAAUAAUAUGUUUCCUGAACAAAAUGAGGAAAGACCUUUCAAAUUUUGGAAUAAAAAAGUAAUCUUUAUUAGUGCCAGGGUCCAUCCAGGUGAAACACCAUCUAGUUUCGUUUUUAAUGGCUUUCUUAACUUCCUUCUAAAUCGCGAUGAUCAAAUCGCAACAACUCUCCGUCGCCUAUACGUGUUCAAGCUGAUACCUAUGCUCAAUCCUGAUGGUGUAGCCAGGGGUCACUAUCGAAUGGAUACUAGAGGAGUUAAUCUUAACAGAGUCUAUCUUAAUCCUUCUAUAAAAGAUCAUCCAACAAUAUAUGCUGCAAGAAAUUUAAUAAGGUAUUAUCAUUAUACAUACGAACUACCAAAAGAGGAUGAAGUUUCAAAUGCAGGUUUCGAAAAUGGAGAAAAUACUUUGACCAUUAUUGAUUCCUCUUGUACAAUUGCGAAUAUAGUACGCGAUACGACGACAAGAUUGCUUCAACAGGUAACUCUUAUGACAUUAGAUGAAAAACAUAAAGAUCAACCAGAAAUUUUUCAGGAAUGUGCAUUACUCAAAACCAACUUGGAAGACAUGCCUCAGGGUGGUGGAGAAGGCUUGUGUAAUAAUACAGAAGAAAGCGAUAAUUCGGUAGAACUUAAAUCUGAUAAAAACACUUAUACAGCUGUUGGCAUAGGACAGUUACCCAAGGAGGAUUCGGGAUUGUAUUUAUAUAUUGAUCUCCAUGGUCAUGCUUCAAAAAAGGGAGUUUUUAUGUAUGGCAAUUACUUCGAUAAUCCGGAAGAUACAAUAACGUGUAUGCUUCUACCAAAAUUAAUGUCAAUUAACAAUCCAAAUUUUCAUUUUACCUCGUGUAAUUUUACAGAAAGAAACAUGUACAUUAUAGACAAAAGAGAUGGUAUGUCGAGGGAAGGUUCAGGACGCGUAGCUGUAUAUAAAUUAACUGGUCUCAUACAUAGUUAUACGCUUGAAUGUAAUUACAAUUCUGGACGUUUGGUAAAUACAAUCCCUACAAGGAUACGCGAUGGUGUUCAUAAAACCAUCUCUCCUAUUUUUGUUCCACCGAAAUAUACACCAGCAGUUUUCGAAGCGGUUGGGGCAGCAUUAGGUCCCUCGAUUCUUGACCUUACAAGUAACAAUCCCAAUAGCCGACUGCCAAAUAGUCAGUAUCGUUCUUUAAGGGGUGUAAAAUCUUUUUUAAAAUUAGCGUAUGUGAACAAUGUUUCAACGCCAUUCAGCAAAUCUCUACAUAAGGAUGGUAACAAUAUCAUAUCUCAAGAUUUGUACAAUUUAAAAGGAAUUAAACCUGAAAUAAGCGACUCUUCGGUUGGGCCAAAAAACUCAAUGAAGAGCGAGACAAAUAUUGUUAAAAAAACGUGUAUCAUUCGCCGCAGCACGUCUCUUUACACUGCAGUUAAAAGAAUAAAAAGUAACAAGAAACCCCGACCACCUAUAAAUCGUAGACCGUUAAAAAAUCAGUGUGUUAAUAACAUCGGGAAUAAUUCAAAAAUACCCUCAAUUAGAUCAGAGGACGUUGUAAAGGCGUUUCUAAAGUCUACAGAGAAUCGGUUAAAAACUUCCGGUUUUGGGUGUAUCGAUGACUCUUUAGGAUCACAAAUGAGAGAAACUAGAGAACGUCCGGGUAAGAAACUGGCGAUAACAAACAAAUUAUCGAAAAUGGCAUUGUCUUUUGAGGAAACUGCGAUCGUAAAACAAGGAGCAAAGAGAUUGAAAAUCGUUUCUACGAGAGUAAACAAGGGCCGUCCGGAAGUCGGGGAAUCGUCUAACAACAUACCGGAAACUGCAAAACUACCACCGAAAUCGUUAUUUUUAUGUACCAAGCAAAGCGUGAAAGGAACCCCUAAAAGGAUUAAAAAACAUUGCCGAAGCGUAGAACAAACUAAAACAAAGUCUUCCAGAUCUAAAGAUAGGAGUUUAAAUUCUACAGUAGUGGAGAACUUAAUAAGUAACGAGCGGGCAAACGAAAUUCCAGACUAA